GAUUAUCUCUCUCAAAACCAUCCCGAAGGCAAGAAUGGGGCAGAUCACUUGUUGGCAGAGUCCUAUGUUGGUCAAGAAGACUCUCCAGAAAUCCAUGUGGGUGUUCAGAACAAGCGUCGGCUGUCUCUCAUUUCUGACGGGAAGUUUCAGGCCACCUUCCCCGAGGAAGCAGGUGAGAAGCUGGCCGGCGAGGGCCCCAAGCCUCGAGUCUACACCAUUUCCAGCGAGAGGCCCAUGCUCUCGCAGCACCAGAGCGAGAGCAUGGAGCUUGUAGUCCUCAAAGGGACGGAAGGCGAAGAAGAGGUGGACGGGGAACGGUCCUUGGGUCAGCCUCUCCACAACGCCGGAAGUUCUCACAACAUCAGCCGACAAUGCAAGGGCAGUUGGCCAAGUCACCAGCAAGGCUCGAAAGAGUAUCCCGAUUGUGCCCAGCUGACAAUGUCAUCUCAGCAUCCGUUUGAUCUAGAGCAUCAGCAUCACCAACACCAUCACCACCAUCACCACCAACACCACCAGCAUCACCAGCACCACCAGAACCAUAAUCAGAACGAAGCUGGUGAGACUGGCUGGCGCCGGAAGAAGCUGGAACGAAUGUAUAGCAUUGAUCGCGUUUCAG